CACACGACUCUGCGUAAAGUGACGGCCAAUACUGCCAUAUACUACGAUCCCGACCCUCUCAACAGCGUUAUCGUUGAGGAUCAGGAGUUUGUGAACGUUUACUACGAAAUGCCAGACUUUGACACCUCUCGCAUCAGUCCAUGGCUUCUGCGCAUAGAAUUGGACCGAAAGAGGAUGACAGACAAGAAGCUGACGAUGGAAGCCAUCGCCGAGAAGAUUAACGCUGGGUUUGGAGAAGACCUGAACUGCAUCUUCAACGACGACAACGCGGAGACACUCGUACUUCGGAUCCGUAUUAUGAACUCUGAGGAGAAGAUGGAAGAAGAAGAACAGGUCGAUAAGAUGGAGGACGACGUCUUCCUCAGAUGUAUUGAGUCCUCAAUGUUAUCAGAUAUAACUCUUCAGGGAAUUGAAAGCAUAGUCAAAGUAUAUAUGCAUUUACCGAUGACUGACAACCAGAAACGUAUUGUUAUCACUGAUACGGGAGAAUACAAAGCCAUUGCCGACUAUCUUCUCGAGACCGACGGCACAUCACUAAUGCGUGUGCUGUCGGAGCCCGAUGUGGAUCCCGUCCGCACCUACUCUAACGAUAUUUGCGAGAUCUUCGCGACCCUUGGUAUCGAAGCUGUCCGGAAAGCCGUAGAGAAAGAGAUGAAUCAUGUGCUCAGUUUUGACGGUUCGUACGUAAAUUACCGACAUUUAGCCCUUUUGUGUGACGUAAUGACAGCGAAAGGCCAUCUCAUGGCAAUCACUCGACACGGAAUCAAUCGUCAAGACGUCGGCGCUCUUAUGCGCUGUUCCUUCGAAGAGACGGUCGAUGUGUUGAUAGACGCGGCCUCUCAUGCGGAGGUCGACCACUUGAGGGGCGUCUCCGAGAAUAUAAUGCUCGGACAGUUGUCGAAGAUCGGGACCGGGGCUUUCGGCAUGCUUUUGGACCCGGAUAAGUGCAAACUGGGCAUUGAAAUACCAACAAAUAUUCCAGGAAUGGGAGGAUUGGGAACCGGAAUUUUCUUCGGCAGCGCUGACUCGCCAUCACUGGCGGGUAUGACACCACAGAUGACUCCUUGGGGAGCACAGGGGGCCACUCCGGCCUAUGGCCAGGCCUGGUCACCCGGACUGGGGCUCGGAAUGACUCCUUCAUCGGCCGGCUUUUCGCCGUCUGCCGCUUCUGAUGCAAGCGGUCUAUCGCCGGGAUAUUCGCCCGGUUGGUCACCACAACCCGGUUCACCCGGCUCUCCAUCGGCAUACUUGACAUCGCCGUCCUAUUCGCCAGCCUAUGCCCCGAUGUCUCCCGGAGCCGGACCCUCGAGUCCCACAUAUUCUCCGACGAGUCCUUCUUAUUCGCCGACGUCUCCCAACUACUCGCCCACGAGUCCUAACUAUUCGCCCACAAGUCCCUCAUAUUCACCGACAAGUCCUUCGUAUUCACCGACCAGUCCUUCCUAUUCACCAACGAGUCCCUCGUAUUCGCCAACCAGUCCUUCAUAUUCUCCGACCAGUCCUUCUUAUUCUCCGACGAGUCCUUCAUAUUCGCCGACUUCGCCGUCAUAUUCACCAACGAGUCCGUCGUAUUCACCGACCAGUCCCUCGUACUCUCCCACCAGUCCCUCCUAUUCCCCGACCAGUCCAUCGUAUUCUCCGACUUCGCCCUCUUAUUCGCCGACCAGCCCUUCAUAUUCGCCGAGCAGUCCGUCGUAUUCGCCGACGAGUCCCUCCUAUUCGCCGACGUCUCCCUCUUAUUCACCUACCAGUCCGUCGUACAGCCCUUCGUCUCCCUCUUACUCUCCCGGUUCGGGCAAAUACAGCCUCUCUUCGCCCAACUACUCGCCUACGAGUCCGACAUACAGUCCAUCGUCGCCACGCUAUACACCGGCCUCUCCGAGCUAUUCACCCACGAGUCCGUCCUAUUCGCCGACGAGUCCGUCCGGAUAUUCGCCGACAUCACCCACUUAUUCGCCGAGUUCUCCCAAAUACACUCCGGCCAGUCCUUCGUACAGUCCCUCAUCGCCGCAGUACUCGCCGGCCAGUCCUCAGUACUCACCCACGAGUCCCACGUAUUCGCCAAACAGUACCCGCGGAUCGCACUACUCGGCCGACACCAGCAGUGGUGGCCAAUCAUAUUCACCGACCAGUCCUUCCUAUUCGCCGGCGAGUCCUGUCGACGACGACGACGACGAUUGA